AUGAUCCUCCACAUUCUCACCAAAUACAGGAAGUUCAAGUCUGCGGAGUCUAUUUUGAGAAAGGUUCUUGUCUCGGGUUCGAUAGAUUUGCCUUCCAAGUUGUUUGAAGCAAUAUUGUAUUCGUACCGCUUGUGUGAUUCUUCUCCUCGUGUUUUCGAUUCUCUUUUCAAGACUUUUGCGCAUAUGAAGAAAUUUAGGAAUGCCACAAAUACAUUUUGUCAGAUGAAGGAUUAUGGAUUCUUCCCAACACUUGAGUCUUGCAAUGCAUAUCUUAGCUCAUUGCUUGAUUUACAUAGAGCUGAUAUUGCUUUGGUAUUCUAUAGAGAAAUGCAGCGUUGUAGGAUUUCACCGAAUGUUUAUACUCUUAAUAUGGUUAUAUCUGCUUAUUGUAAAUUGGGAAAAUUAGAGAACGCUGUUGAGGUCCUUGAGAAGAUGGACAGCAUGGGUUUUAGUCCUACAGUUGUAUCAUAUAACACGCUGAUUGCAGGACACUGUGAUAAGGGUCUUCUGAGUUCGGCUUUGAAGUUCAAAAACUUGAUGGCGAAGAAUGGAUUGCACCCGAGUGUGGUUACUUUUAACUCACUUAUUGAUGGGUUUUGCAAAGAAGGAAAACUAAAGGAAGCAAACAGAAUUUUUAGUGAGAUGAAAGCCGUGAAUGUUGCUCCUGAUACCGUAACUUACAAUACUUUGAUAAAAGGGUACAGCCAAGAAGGUAAUAGCGAGAUGGGCAAUAGGCUUUUUGAGGAGAUGUCAAGGAAUCAAGUAAAUGCUACUAUCGUGACUUAUAAUGCAUUGAUAUUGGGACUCUGCAGGGAGGGUAAAACAAAGAAAGCUGCACAUCUGGUUAAAGAACUUGAUAGAAAGCGCUUUGUCCCAAAUGCCUCAACCUUUUCUGCCCUUAUUGAGGGGCAGUGUGUGAGAAAGAACUCGGACCAUGCCUUCAAGUUAUGUAAAAGCAUGAUAAGGAGUGGUUAUCAUCCUGAUGAGCAUACUUUUAACAUGCUGAUAUCUUGCUUCUGCAAUAACAGGAAUUUUGAUGGAGCAGUUGAAGUCUUGAAAGAAAUGUUUGAGAGAUCUUUUGCUCUUGAUUCAAGCAUCUUAUCUGAUUUAUGUCUAGGACUAUGCAGAUGCAGGAACGAGAAAAUGGUAAAAUUGUUAUGCAGUGAGAUGGAAGCUAGACGCCUCAUCCCUCAAGGUUUUGACAUGGCAAAAAUUCUCUCCCCCUGUAGUAGUGGAAGAAAACUGAACAUUCGGAAAUAA